UUAUUUAUGAUAUCUGGCGGUAUAUUUGUGUAUAAAUUUUCUUCCAAGAAGUCUAUUGAAGGAUAUAUUUUCAGAGAUAUAAGUUACCUUGUUUAUAUUUUGUUUAAAACUAUAAUUCAACAUUAUUUUAUCGCAAUAAACAACUUUCAAAGCUGACAU